AUAAACAAACAUGUUCCUAACAGUUUGAAGAAGUUUUGAAAAGUUUGUAAAGAGCAAGAUCGACAGAAACUCAGAUUACUUACCAGAUAUAUACCAGAUAUCUACAGCGGAAAUUAGAGUCGAUCAUUUUGGGGUCAUGGCAGAGGAAACGAAUACUCGGAAACCGAGACUAAAGAGAAGAAGUAGCGACGAGCAAGAUCAAAUAGGAUCACAGUUCUUAAAUUUAGAAGACAGUCCGAAAGAAAGAAAACUUCGCAAGCUUCCAUCCCUUGAGAAUUUGGAACGGUCUCCCAGAAGAUCCACUUCACCCAGUAAAAACUUAACAAGCACUCCACGACUCAAAGCCAUGAGUGACCGUCUGACUCUCUUUGGGAGAAAAAAGGCGUCUGAUAACUACUUGAACYGUGACUUACAAAUUGAUAAACUUUCUCCUGGUAGUCACAAAAAUUUACAAGCACGUUCCACGACACUUGGGCUUUACGAGUCUCGUAGGACUAGUGAUUGCAAAUUCAAAUGUCCAACGUGCUACAAGCAAUUCAGAUAUCUAGGUAACCUCAAGUCCCAUAUAAGUGUGGUGCAUAAGAUGGUUUACAAAGACCCCAAAACGAGUCCAAUACUGACAUCAUCCAACGGCCAAAAUAAACAAAAAUCCUACGAGUGUCAUUUGUGCUUCAAGAAGUUCAAGUAUUUGGGUAAUCUCAAAASUCAUCGCAAAGUCCACAGCAGUUUGAACUAACGACAGGACAACAAUCAUUUGGUCAAGAUGUGUUUUACAUUUCAGCGCCAGAGGUCAGGUUUUCUGGCGCUCUUUAGAGAUGAUACUCUCAAAACACCAGAAACUGAAAAUCAACUAUAACGAAGUUAUUCGACAAAGACAUUCCGGUAUGUUAGUUGAACGGAUCAACCAUACUCUUCAGUGACUGCACUGCUUUAACGGGAAUUAAUGCGAAUGGGAARUAUGACAGUUAAGUUUUUUUUCCCAUUUGAAUCACCCUGGUAACGAUGUCUAUGUCACAUGGUGACCUAGUUUGUAAACGGGAAAAUUUUAUCAUUUGUCAAAAUGUUAGAACCAAGUUAGAUUAAGGUCGAAAAGUCUUCUUACAGCUUUAGAAAGAAAAAGAAUAGAAAAGCGACAAGUCCAACCAGUUGUCUUUUGUAACAGUUUCAAAAUCACACAAGCGUAGCAAAAAAUAUUGAAUGCUCUGCAGUUUUCCAUGGAAGCAGAGAAAACACAUAGACUAAACACCUGUAGAAUACCAACACCUCUCUCGAUAGAAAACUUAUUUAUUAUUCAUUAACUUGUGCUAUUUAGGUUGACGAGACCAAAGACUAAAUAAAGGAAAACAGUUGUUUAUAAAUCCUAA